AUGGAGAAAAGAGUUUUGUACGGUUUGGUAGUAAUACUAAUGUACUUCGUUGGUAGUGGCUUUGGUCAAGGCCUUGGUCCAGCUGAUGAAUCUGAAUGGAACCGAUUUCUGACCAAUGCUCAAGUUCCGGUACUGCUUUCGAUAACGUCCACGUACUGCGGUUAUCCAUGCGUUAUAGUACAGGAUCAAGUGGCUCAAUUGGCUCAAACAUACGGUGAUAAAAUCAAAUUCUACACAGCUGACAUUUUGUUGCACCCGUUCUUUUCACAACUUUACGGGGAACUCAAUGCCCCGACCGUCAUAGUCUUCGAAAGUGGAAAUGAAAUAGUUCGUUACGAAAAUAUUUUCGAUUGGGGUAAUAUAUAUAAUCUAGUCAGUACACGUUUAUUCGGCUCCGCCGUGCCUCCUCCGUCUUGA